UUAGUUCAUCAAACAGCUCGUCGCGUAGCACUCUCCAAUUCUGUCAAGUUGCCAGCCCCGAUUUUGUUGUUGUGCGACUCGGCAAGUCGCUGCGAAACUUUUAUCUGUCGAUUAAAACACGAAUUUAUUAUUGCACUUUUUUCAUCAUCUCGUUUCGGCUUGAAAGCCCCCCGGUGCAAUGGCGCACAAGAAGCACAUGCGGAAAGCUAUCCCUGCCGGCUUCGAGUCCGAGGAGGAGGAGGAGGAGUUGCACGGCAUGAUGGGUAACUUAAAGAUCAAAAAGUUGGAGGACAUCACAACAGGUGCCGGAAUCAACGGUAGAGACUUUGAUGCAUCGCUGGACCUGGAUGCGCAUUUGUUUUUUGAGGAGUUCCGCGAGAAAUGGAACAAGUACUGCAGGAACAAGUCGCCGCAUUUUGGUCCGGAGUUCGGGAAUGCGCUCCUCGUUCAUCACAAUCCACUACUGUUGGCCCUUAAAUUGUUCGCCAACUGCCCGGACAGCAGCCACAUCAAGCCCAGAAGCUUGUCGCACUUUGUGCUGGACACAGUGUGCAAACUGCAAAAGGACUAUCCGCACAUUGGGGAGAAGUGUGAUCCGAACACCAGCAUGACGGCCUUCAACUUUGUGAAGACCUCCAAUCUGCUGGCCCUAAACAAUGCUGUGAUUGAGGCAUAUAGCCUGCACACGAUUUGUGACCUGCUGCUGCCAAAGUUGCGCGAACUUCUUGGCGAAGGACAUCUCAAAGAAGUCACCCAUUGGGCCAUAAGCCUGCGGCUGACGCACGAGUUCGAUAUGCUGGAGUUGGCCUUUCCACUUGUAGCCGUGGAGAAGCUGCCACUGGCCGAGGAGUUACUGGACCAAGCCGUCCAGCAACGUCAGCCGUUUGUCAAGUUUCUCGACUCGCUCCUACAAAUGGACAAGCCAGUCAUCGAAAUGUGCGAGCAUUUUCUACACCGAUACAAGAACAUAAAGAUCUCCCAUCAGGUGCUUACAUACCGGCCGAUUGCCAAAGUUGUGGCCCGGUUGGCGAAGAAGUACGGCUUCGACGAUUCAGUGACCCCCAAUUACAAGUUGACCAAAACUUGCGGCUACCUGCACUUUCUAUACAGAGAUUACGCUAAGGAUCGAAUCAACCAACCCAGCUUCCGAGAGCUGGUGAACGUCCACGCUUACAACUAUGCUCUGCGCAAGGACUUUGUAUGGUACGUGGCCGCGGCCCAGGCGCGUAAUGAGGCCAUCUAUUGGUACAAAGAGUUCAAACUGCAUCCGAGCGACUGCCCUCCGGAUAUCAAAGCCCACAUUUCUAAUAUGGGAAGAGGUGUUGCCCACCAUGUCCCGAAUGCAUCUUCGAACGGAACGGAAGCCAACAGCUGUGAAGUGUACCUGACCAUUGACUUGCCGGUCGAGUCGCUCAUCAUCAUCGAUACGGCGGUGAAGUUCGACGAAAUGCUGAACGAUCUUCAGCGCCAGCAAACCAUAUAUCUGGACUCGGAGUGGUUGCAGAACAUAUGCGGAGAGAGUCAACUGUGCCUGCUCCAGAUCGCCACCGAUCAGUUCGUUUAUCUCAUUGAUUGUCUGGCUCGCGAGAGCAUCCAACCGGAGCAGUGGCGCCUAUUAGGAUCCAAAGUAUUCAACAAUGUGAAUAUCCUUAAGGUGGGCUUCUCCAUGGCCUGCGAUCUUAGCGUUUUGCAGCGAUCCCUUCCGCUACAACUGCGUCUGCAUACUCCGCAUCACUACUUGGACCUGCGUAGCCUCUGGCUGCAGCUAAAAAAACAGCACACCGGCGUGGAGUUGCCCUUCGGCAAUAUAAACAGGGCCGGUGGGGCACUUUCGGAUCUCUCGUUUCUGUGUCUCGGCAAAAAGCUGAACAAAUCCAACCAGUGCUCCAACUGGACAAAUCGACCCUUGCGCCACGAACAGAUAAUCUAUGCGGCCAUUGACGCCCGGUGCUUGUUUCUAAUCUUCAAAACCCUGCAAGCUCGCAUCCCCAUGCUGAACAAGGUGAUCGAGAAGAGCAUCGCUACCAACAAUUUUCUCAAGCGAGGCGCCAACGUAAAAUGAGGCGCCAUCAUCUGCAACUAAACUCAUCUUGCAGCAGGACUCUCACGCAGCGGAAGGGACGUAUACUCCGCCUAAAAAAAAGUAUUUAAGUUAAAGUUGAAAUCGGAAUGUAGUGAUUACCAAGACAGCUUAAUCGGAAAUGGCUGGUACAAAUUAUUAACCGAUCCAUGUAUAACGUAUUUUAUUUAAAAACAAACAACUUAUUUUCUGUAAAUAGUAUUUAAACUUAAAAUAUUCCACUUCAGAGUACACCAAUUGAAUUGUAUUUUCUGUUGCAAUCAUAAAACGAAUUUUUUAUUUAACGCAUAAUCAAAAGUUAAUAAAAGCAAUGGAUAAAGUUAUAGAA